AAGUAUAAAUUGGAGAGGCUGAUGAGACUUUGGAGUCAUUUGUUGGUGAAAUUUUAAGCAAUGAAGUGUCUUGAGCUGAUUUUUGGUGCUGUGAUUUGUGUUUUGCUGAUUAAAGCACAAACACUUGAUGAUCCAUUUGAUGAGAAUGAAGUUGAUUUUUUGGAUAAUUAUGACGAUUAUCAAGCUGGUGAAACUAGAGCCGCAGCUAUUCCUUUAAAUAAUGCUGGAAGUGAAGCAAACUUCCCAAAACUCACCCUUACCCUAAUCAACCCCGCCGAUAAAGCGCAAAUUUUUGCUUUCACAUACGCUGAUACUCCGAAAAUUCUUACUCAUCCAUGGUUCAAUUGGCGACUUCAAACCUUGAUCUAUGCUUUUGGAUUUACUGAAAACAUGGCAAGUGUUACAACACAGGCUAUUAUUGAUGCUUACUUUAAACGAGGUGGAUUUAAUAUCCUAAUUAUUGACUGGUCAGCAUACAGUGGAACAGUUCCAAAUGAUUAUAAUGUUGCUGUUGGAAAUAUGAAGGCAGUUGGUGGACUGAUUGGUGGGAGAUUGUCAUCAAUAUUUACUAGAGCUAUGCUGAGAAGGAUGCAUUUGGUUGGACACUCCCUAGGAGCUCAUCUCUGUGCCUAUGUCAAUCGAGGAAUUCCAAACAAUCUUUUCACUGAAAGAAUCCACAAAAUUAUUGGUUUAGAUCCAGCUGGUCCUCUGAUGUAUGAUGUGGCAUUAGGAAACAAGCCGUUGAGUUCUAGUGAUGCUGAAGUCGUUCAAGUGAUUCACACUGACAUGCUGCAAGCUGGAGCUCCAUUUAAAUCAGGAACUAUUGACUUCUAUCCAAAUGGUGGUGGAAUCAAUGGCAUUCAGCCGGGAUGUCCGAUUUUUGACAAAGCUAAUUUGUUUAUUCCUGGAAACUUUUGCUCACACACCCGAUCUGUGCUUUACUACGCCGAGUCAGUCAACAACAAGGAAAACUCAUUUGCAGCUACUCGAUGUGGAAACUAUUCAGAUUAUUUAUUUGCACGAUGUCAAAGACAAAAUCAACAAAUGGGAUUUAAUGCGAAGGAUCACGAAAUUGGAGAUUUUUAUUUACAAACCAACUCAUUUGCACCUUUCGAUCGUGGACUCGCUGGUGCUACUUAUUUAUUUACAGCUCCUUAAUGUGUUACAACUUUUAUUUAUUUUUGAAUAAUUUUUUCAUUUUUAUUGAAUAAAGUUGGUCGAUU